GUCGGCGCAGGCGCGAGCAGUCCGCUAGAUCCGCCACUGCACACAGUCGAAAGGGUGCAGCAACAAAUGCUGAGAUUUGAUCGUGGAGAUAAGAGCAUCCUGGCAUCUGUCUCGGGAGCCUGGCAAAUCGCACAGCAGGGGGCAACGUGAUGUAACACAACGGAGAUUUAACUCACACUCACUGCCGCGAAGCGCGAUGGCGGACUUUCCAGAAUUCAGACCUGCCAUCAAGACAAGGGUCACAUUUGCUCCUUCACCUUUCGCAGAGGGCUCGAUGCGCCUGGCGCAUUACGCUUUCUUCCAUGACCGAUAUUACGUGAUCAAAUGCUUCAAUGAUGACACCCAGGAUUUCAUCCAGAACGCGUUGCAGACGACGUAUGCUCAAGCUGUUCUGAAAGACAUCCGGUGCCAGAUGUUCGCGAUCACCCUGGCAAAUAUCUUCAACGGGCGCCUGAGCCAGGUGGACAAGCAGGAAUGGCAGAUCAAGUAUGCUGUGCCGUCUCUCGUGGCAUUCGGCAGGGAAAUGGAGUACGCCGAACCGUAUAUGGCGGGCGAUUACGUAAGGUACAAUGACAACAAUGGCAACGUGCAAAACGGGGAUACAACUGAAGGAAAGAUUGCUGCUUCGUUCUGCCACUUCACGUACGAAGAGACCAAUGGACGCGCCAUGGUUGUUGAUAUCCAAGGGGUCGGCUUGCAUUUCACCGAUGCGCAGGUCCACACGCGCUGCAUUGCAAGGACUGACGAAUUGUUCAAGCGGUUCGGCAUGGGCAACAUGGGCAAAUACGGGAUGACGAAAUUCUUUCGGACCCACAAGUGCAAUUCGCUGUGUCAAGUACUUGGGCUAACACCUCGUGACGUGGCCGGCUUGUGACAACGAGCGGCCAGCCAGUCGGAUACACUUUUUUACCAGAUGACCUAGAUGCGGUGCGAUGGUGCCUCCAGCGCCUUCGUUUUCAAGCGGUGCUGGUCGAUCAGGCACCGACACACACACACACACACACACACCUGUAGUACGGCUUUCCCUCCGUUAAUGGAUCCAUUGUUCAUACGAUGUCGCGAAUAUCGCAUUUAUUUAUAAAGAACCAGUGGGUCCGACCCCGAUCGCGAGAGGCGUCGCCCGGCCUUCCCCGCUCCCUUGUCUUGGUUCCUUGUAGGCCUUCCCCGGGCUCCCCGGGGUAGAGUGGCUUGCAUGGCGGCACAGGCUUUGCAUGCGGAAAGUGCUGUUUGGGCGUGGCACCGCUUAGUUUGCGAUUGGUUACUCGUUUCGCAUAGUUAGGGGUGAGUUUACGAGUGCAAGGCAACGCACCACACACAGCUUCCCAAAAGAAGGGCUGUCUGCCUCUAUAUGGUUCCACAUAAGGCGUUGCCGCCCGUGCCACUUCACUUUCGUAGUACGGCUUUUUGCGCGAGUGGCAUAUGCUUUGCAUGCUGGAAGUGCUGUUUGGCCUUGGCCCAGCCUGCUCUGCGAUCGGUUACUCUUGCCUUGUAGUGGUGGAUUCGAAGGCACAGAACGUCCAGCCAGAAAGUCUCCCAACAAAUGCUGGUUGUCUGCCUCUGCUGUGAGUUUCAGCCUUUGUCACAGCGCUUUGUAGUACGGCAUUUUGUGAGAGUGUCAUACGCCUUGCUUGCGGAAAGGGUUCUUCGGGCAUGGCCCAACCAGUUUGCGAUCGACUAGUGCGAAGGCCUUACUGCCGACCUUUCAG